AUGGCUGGCCUGCGCAGUAGAACUCUUUGGGCAUGGUCUGGGCGAGGGCAAGACGAUGAUCCCAUUUUCCCGUCGAAAGUGAUUCGCCGUCUCACGCAUGCCCGCCGUUCCAGCACGACCACCACCAGCUUUCAUCAACUCCCGGACACAGCCCACAGGUCGUCGCCAACGAACCGAGCACCCUCUUCACCGGGGGCGGCCACACGCGGCUUCAUUCGCCCGAGUCCGCCGCCAGCUGGCCGGUCAGCCUCUGGCCCUCUGCUGCCCCCAUCCCGGUCCCAUCCCAUGCCCACUGCCAUCUCACCCGCCGCCGCAUCGACUAACACGCAGCGCCGCCAGACCCCUGCCACACCGUCUCAGCACUCCCGCGUGGAAAAACGAGGCAAGCACUCAGACGACUGGCCCUCGACGUGGCGCGGCUUCAGGCUUUCACACUGGACCCGCCCCGGUCGCCAGCCACGAUUGGCUGUGCAUGUCGUUCAGACACGCGCUGCAGCAGCCUCUGGGCCUUCUGGGCAAUGGCUUCUGGGCGACGGCUUGUCGGUGUCGUACUUGCCGCGCUCGUCGUACCCCGUCCAGACCGUCAAACCCAAGUCCCCUGUCCCGUGUCCUCACAUCGUCAUCUGCGCCUGUGCCUCGCUGGCAGUGCUCGCAUCUCCAGCUCCUUUUGGCUCCGGGCACUCGCUGGGCGCUGAAGCACCUGCUUCACACCUGCUUUACAGUGCACUAGUCCACAGGCGCUGGUGCAGCAUGCAGCAUGAUCCCGUCCAUCUCCCAAUCCCCAACAUGCCGGGCACCGUCAACCAGCUCCCCAACGGCGGUUGCAACCCAAGCCAAGGGCCCGAGAAACCACCAACAAUUGGAACACAAACCAACCUGGCCACCGAUGAGACCCAAACCGAACCCAAAGGUCACCGACACGGCUCGGCACCCGCCAAAGAUAGCAUCACCUGCCGACGAUGCCGCAUCCUCCUCGCUCUCGCUUCAUCCUUUCGCGUCAAUCCGCUUGGUCCAUCAAGUUCCACUCAGUGCCCCGUUACCUCGCUCCCUGCGUUGAUCAUGCCCCAAGCCAUUCCGUGCCGUUUCAACUCCCUCGCCUGCAGAUCUUCAAAUAUUCUCCAAUCAUUUGCUCACGUCUUCACCUCUCUUCCGGCUCAAUUGCUCCCCCCACACCGUAUUCAAGCCAAAACGUGUGAGCCAGGACGUGGUGGUACAGUAGAUCUAGGCCCCGGUUUUGAAUGACUCUUCCGCUGUUGGUGCCGCAUUAAUGCAGCUCGCAAGGUCUAGAAUGAGACAUCGUAGAGCCUGAUUGAACGGAUCUUAC